CAAGUUUGCCAUGGCUACGUGUGGAGUGGCUCCAGGGCCAAGCGCCCACAGCUGCUCAUCGAGAUGCCAUUGCUCAGGUGUGCAGCACACUGGCCUGAAGGGUCCGAUGACAGCCGCAUGGCCAACAUGUCUGCCAGUUAUGUCUAUAGUUUCUUUGACUCUUUUGCCGCAAGUUCGGACUCGCGCAGCUAGACGUUGCAGGCGUGUCCGCCAUCGCUUACAGUCUUUCGCAUGUCAGCAGCCUGAACUGGUGGAGAAGGAGAUCCGCGCAGCUAUGCAACUGGAUCCAUCGCGACUUCAGAUUCAGUCGUCCAAGGACAGCAGAGACAACAGGGACUUGAGAGGAGAGUGGCUGCCGCUCUUCCGGGGGUCUGCCCCGUAUGUGGCGAUGUUUCGCCAAAGCAUCAUGGUAUUUCACAUUCCUGGUCAACUACUGAUCGAUACCCAAUGCUCAGAGUUGGAGGGCCUGCUGAGUGAUAUUGCACUUUGUGCAGUGCUUGGAGUUCGUCCAGUGCUGGUGCCAUCCUUGUCGCAGAGAGUCUUGAGCAGACUGCGAACAGAGUACAAUGUGGAGGUUGGCGAAUGUGCAUAUGCGGUGGAGGCAGUUUGCAACGCAUCGUUCAAGAAUCAAGAGACUGUGUCGCGAUUAUUAAAGCAGGAAGCUGGCAUGCUAUGUGCAGAGGUGCAAGAUCUGUUUCGUAGAGUGGCAGCAAAGCCUACUGGAAACUUUGACAACAACAAGAGCCUCUCGGUCUUUGCCAGUUCGCAGCUGGUCAGCGCAGCUCCACCAAGGGCAAAAACUGGAUGGCAAACCAGCCCUCUCUUGGGGCGCGUGACUGGCAUUGACGCAGCACAGAUCCUUCAGCGCCUACAAGAGGAACAAGUGGUGUGUGUUUUGCCAGUGGCAGCUGGAUCACUUCAAGGCGAUGGACGUUUGCGCUACAUUCCAUCAGAGGAGCUCGCAGCGCAGGUGGCCGAAAAGCUGAAGGCCUCCAAGCUGAUCUUCUUUACGCGUGGUCAACGGAUCGUUGAUACUGCUCGUGGCAAUGUCAUUCCGACUAUGCAGCUAGCAGAAGCAAGUAAACUUGUGGAAGAAUGGUCGAAAGCAGGCAAUUCUUUCAUGGACAAGGAGGAAUCGAAGGAGAUUGUGAGAUAUUUGGACUUGCUGAUCCAAGCUUUGCGCUGUGGAACUCGCCGUGGUCAUUUGAUCGAUCCCCAACGUGGGGCUCUUUUGCAGGAGCUGUACACCACGGAUGGAAGUGGAACAAUGAUUUCCCUGGAUCUCUAUGAUGGAAUCAGGAUCGCCCGCUCUGGGGAUGUUUCUGGCAUUCUAGAUCUCAUUGAGCCACUGGUGAAGCGUGGCUUGCUCAAGCGGCGCAAUACCUACGAGGUUGAGAGAGCUUGCAACAAUCAGGAAAUGUUUGUGUGGAAACGCGAUGAAAAGUUUGUUGGCUGUGCAAGCCUCGAGCGCUUUGAGGAUGCACCAGGUAAAGCAGAGCUGGGAUGCUUUGUAGUUUCGCCUUUGUGCCGUGGCAAAGGACACGGUGCUGUGCUGUUGUCUUACAUCGAGCGAGUUGCUACGCUGUUGGGAGUGAGGCAGCUGUUCCUGUUGACUACGCAAACAAUGCAAUGGUUUGUUGAGCGAGGAUUUCAGAAUGCCUCCCUUGAUGACCUUCCACCAAGUAAACGCGCUGGAUAUGACUUGGGGAGAUCAUCAAAGGUUUUCAUCAAGAAUGUGUCAGAUCUGCCGAGUGAGCUCCAGCAACGUUUCACCUUUGUUGAGGUCGAUGCUAUAGAUUGAUUUCGGUGGGAACAA